UAGCGACUGGCUUGUAUCUGCUAUUCCACCUAUCGGUGACAGUGUUUAUGUACACCGGGAUAACGAGCAUCGCGUUUGUAAGCUGCAGACGCCACGAUACUAUAUGUGAUGCAAGGUUGUGCCGUUGUGUUGUUCAACCUCGCUACCGGUGCCUUCGUGGCAUUACGUGCAUACGCUAUCAGUAACCGCUCUUUGCCUCUUGCAUUCACCAUAUAUCUGUCCUCCUUGGUGAUCGAUGCGCUGGACAUGUAUCAGCUCUGUACAAUAAACACAACGGUUGUACCUCCCCCCGUUGGCUGCGUGGUCUCUUUGAACAUCAAAACAAAGAUUGAACGACCAUUGUACGCCACCGCGCAAGCAUCCACUGUAAUCCCCGAGGUAUUGCUGUUGGUGGCGACCUGGCGCCAUGCCGACGCAGCAAAGACCGCAAAUGAUGCGCAAAUUGAUACACCUUUCACAACGCUCAUCCUUCGAGACGGCACCGUCUAUUUUGUCAUAAUCUUUGCCCUUCGACUAGUCAAUGCCGUGCUGGCCGCAACUAGUACUAGCGACAUUGGCGGCUCAUUUUCCAAUCCCAUCACUUACGCACUUCAGACGAUAUUCCUCUCGCGCUUCUACCUCAACCUGCAUGAAGCGAACUCGUCUCAAGCCAUGAUAACCUCCGACGCAUCGCAGGUAUCUGACCUCCGUUUCGCGCGGGUGGUCGGGAGCUUGGGCGGCUCGGUUGCCUACGAUUCAGGGAGCCCUGCAGCCGAAGGCAUGGACGUGCAGAGCUGCAGCGACUCCGACACAGAUGAAGAGCUUGUGGGGGUACAAGAAGCAGACAUGGAACGGCUGCCAGUCACUGCUGCCAUCCAAGAGAGCAUCGCGGAACCCAAGAGUAACAUCCCACCCAGUCCCGGAAUUUCUUCCGUAGAAGUUUCAAAAGCUGUCUUCCAUGCUUGACAACUCGACAUGUCGUUCCAAUCUUUCCUAUUUCUUCGCUCUUAUGCCCGCUGAGUGUGGCAGAUCCGCAGCUGUAGAAUGUCAGACGUAGUACUGGCUGCUUAGGCUCAAAUCAUAUCACCUCUAUGUAUCGAUAUCACUGUUUUCUUGGUAUAUAUUAGUAUUGAACCACA